CAGGGGCCUCUUUGGACACUCGCAUAAUCCUGUGCUCCUUCUGCUCUGCAGGUGACACACCCUGGACCCCAGGGCAGCUGCAGCCCCAGGGUGACCUGAGGAAGAGCAAAGACCCCAGACCGGGGUGCAGGAUGGCAGCGAGGAGAGGCAGAGACAGACGGUGGCAGGCAACGCCUCUUGUCCCUGCUUUUGCCCCUCCCUCCCCGAGUUCCUGGGAGGCCUGGCAAACACAGCCCGGAGCCGCAGCUGGACAGGGGAAUGCUGAGCUUCUGGAAAACUUUAACCUGUUAUUGUGAAGACUUGUGGAGCAUCCAGCGUGCCAGCCUUCCCCCAAAGUGUGUCCAUGUUCUUCCACCGCCAAGUCCUUCCACUGCAUCCUUUAAGGAGGAGGGCAGCUCAGGACCAUCGGGACCUAGCAAGGGCAGUGUCCAGCCAGCCUCCAGCCAACAGCUUCCUGUGGAAACUUCUAGCAUUGUUAGCCAACAUGCUCUCUUCCCAGGCCUUCAACAGCUGGGAACUGUUUCAAGACCAUAUCUUGCCAGCUAGAGAAGCCGAACCCCAACUCCCAUUGCCAGAGAGCUUUUAGUGGCCAACUGAGAAAGCUGUCCUCCCUCGGUGAAGAACUCCCAAGUGAAAUUUGAGAGCCUUUUGGAUUCACGUCAACAAAGUGUUUCUCGAGGUUGCUGUACUCGGGCCCUGGAAGCCAUUCAUGGGCAGGAAAGCACGGAGGACCGCCCCCAGCCAUGUGGGGCCACCUCGUGGGCAGGGGGCUCUCUGCCUCGAGUGGCUUAGAUGUGUCUAGCGCUGAGACCCAGCAGGAGGUCUCUGUGAUGUCAGGGAAGAGAGGUUUUGAGCAUUAUCCUUCCACGUGGAAUUGUUUUCACAUCCAUCCAGAGAGUGACUUUUUUUUUCUGUCUCUGAAAUGACCUAGGAUAUCAUCAGGAGAUGUCAGAGCCAUGAAGUCCCUGUACCCCAGCCUCCUACCGUGCACAAGGGAAGUCUGAGGCCCAAAGAAGGAAAUGCCGGAUGAGGGUCACCCGGCAGUUAGGGCAGGAGGGGUGCCCGCACCCAGAUCACCUCCCAUCCCCUGGCCCCUCCAAGCCUGGUGCCUGCCACCUUCCUUUGCCAGCUCACAGCCCAAAGUCCAGGUUCCCUCCAAAGGAGCCCCAGGAUGAUUUGGGGCUUCUCAGUAGCAAAAAGCAAACUACCUUUGGCUUUUCUAAACAGAUGGAGACUUGAGAGCUGGGCUCUGGCUUUCCCUAAGGACCACAGAACACUCCUGUCUCCAGCGUCCCCUCCUUUCUAUUGCAAAGAGCAUGAGAGCAGACGUUCCUCUUCUGGGGGCCCUGGGAAAGGCACCAUUCCCAGAUGCAGUGACGUGUGACUUCGGUGACCCUGCAGAGGCGACUAGAAUGGGUCCCGUUGUUCUCUGCCAAUCAGGCCUGGGCCAGGCAGGGUGCCCGCCAAGAGGACCCCGCAGGCAUUGAUGCUGAGAGGACCGUCUCCUCCCUCGCCCCCGCCUCCCCGGCACACCUGUGCGGGAGGGCCCAGGCUCAGGGCCAGUGUGCUCUGUUUCAGACCCUCUUGCCUGCCCCCACUCACUGAGCUCACACAAAGCACUUCACCUGGAGCUGAAGGGUCAGGGAUGAUCAGAUUUGUCCCCGAGCUCACUCAGAGGGAGGAGCCUGUAUGGGGUGAGAUAGAUUUGGCCCCUUUCUCAGUGUGGGAGAAUGUCUGCUUGUUUCAUGCUCCGGGGAGGAGCUGGGGACAUGGGCAUGGAAGCCGGAGCUGGCCACUCCCCAAGCCCCGUUUAAGCAAUCUUGUGUGGCGCAGAGGACUUGACAGAGAUUUUCCGAGUAGCGUUAUAUUCUGAAAGGGGAAUCUGGCAUCUUUUUCUGAGUUCCUGCCUUGAGGUUUACCUAGACAGAUUCCCAUAUUCACCUUCUGUCUGAGUAAAAGGGGAAAAUAUAAGUGGCUUUAAUAAAAUAGAAGUUUAAUAAAAUGCAAAUUUAAUUCUGUCACCCAUAAAAAUAAAUCCACAGCCUCAGGCUGUUUCGGUGCUCCACAGGGUCAGGGCCUAGGUUCCUUCCCUCUGCUUGCUUUGCCAUCUUCAGUGCAUGGCUCCCAAGACACGGACAAAGAUAGCUGCUGAAGAUCCAGCCAUCUUUUCCAUAUUCCAGCCAGCGGGAAGGAGGAAGGAGGGAAGAAAGACUUCCUGCCUUCCCUAAGGACAUUUCCUGGGAUUCACAUACUGUACUUCCAUUUUACUGGCCAGAACUUAAUUUCAAGGCCAUAGCUAAUGUAGAGACUGGAGAAGGUAGCCUUUAUCCUAGGUGGCCAUAUACCCAGAUAAAAAUCGGGUUCUUUUACUAAGGAGGGAAAAAAAUUGUUAUUGGGGGAUAAUCAGCUGUCUCUGCCCCACCUUCCUCUUGGACAGGUAAUAUUAAAAGGGUUUAUAACACAUAAGCAUCAUAUUUAGGAUUUCAACAUUAGUAUCGAGACUUGUUUUAGAAGCACAGAUGGGUAAAGGUGGAGUAAAGGUUACAAAUUAGCCAGUCCAUAUCCCCAUUUUUCAGAUUAGGAAAUUGAGGCCCAGAGAAGUUAAUCAAAUCAUCUGAGAUCACACAAGUUGGUGGCAUCUAUUUUCCAGCUCAUGUUCUGUGGGAGUGAUUUUUGUGUCUCUCUGUUUUUUAACUUAAGAAAAAAACUUCAUCCUGGAGGGUGGCAAGCUCCUGUGCCAAGGAUGAAAUUCCAUCCUUCACUGGGUCUCUGAGCUGCAGGACACAGGCGGGACGAUGGCAGGGCUUGCGUGCCCUGAUCUGCCCAGCCCUGAGUCAUGGCAGCUGAGGACUUUGCACUGGCCGGCUGGAGUAUGCCCACGCUGGCCCUGCGUCCGUGUGUGCAUGUGGCCCUGUCUCUGUGUGUGUCUGCCUCGCACACUCUGACUCCAGCCUGGGGAAGCUGCAGGCCUGACUCGGGGUGCUUCUGUUUCAGGGAGUAUUCUGCCAGGAUGGGAGCGGCUCACAGGCCGGAUGUCUCUUUCAAGGCGAUGCUGACAGUCGGCUGGUUCAUCCUGGCCCACUUCCCUGGUGCCAUAUCCACAGUGACCCCUGAGUGCCCUGAUCAGUGGCCUGAGCUGCAGCCCUGGAACCCUGGACAUGACCCGGACCACUAUGUGUACAUUGGCCAGGGCAGAGCACUGCUGCUCACCUCUUCUGCCACCAUCCACUCCAUCCGCAUCUCAGAAGGAGGAAAGCUAGUCAUUAAAGACCAAGAUGAGACAAUUGUUCUACGCACACGGCACAUCCUGAUUGACAAUGGAGGAGAGCUGCAUGCUGGGAGUGCCCUCUGCCCUUUCCAGGGCAACUUCAGCAUCAUUUUGUAUGGAAGGGCUGAUGAAGGUGUUCAGCCGGACCCUUACUUUGGCCUCAAGUACAUUGGCGUCGACAGAGGAGGUACCCUGGAGUUGCAUGGACAGAAGAAGCUCUCUUGGACAUUUCUGAACAAGACUCUUCACCCGGGUGGCAUGGAGGAGGGAGGCUAUUUUUUUGAAAGGAGCUGGGGUCACCGUGGAGUCAUUGUUCAUGUCAUCGACCCCAAAUCAGGGACAGUCAUCCAUUCUGACCGGUUUGACACCUAUAGAUCCAAGAAAGAGAGUGAACGUCUGGUCCAGUAUUUGAAUGCGGUGCCCGAGGGCAGGAUCCUUUCUGUGGCCGUGAAUGAUGAGGGCUCUCGAAACCUGGAUGACAUGGCCAGGAAGGCGAUGACCAAACUGGGCAGCAAACACUUCCUACACCUUGGAUUUAGACACCCUUGGAGUUUCAUAACCGUGAAAGGGAAUCCCUCGUCUUCCGUUGAAGACCACGUUGAGUAUCACGGACACCGUGGCUCCGCUGCUGCCCGGGUGUUCAAGCUCUUCCAGACAGAGCAUGGCGAGCAUUUCAAUGUCUCUUCAUCCAGCGAGUGGGUUCAAGAUGUGGAGUGGACAGAAUGGUUUGAACAUGACAAAGUGUCUUACACUAAAGGUGGGGAGAAAAUUUCAGACCUCCGAGCGGCUUACCCAGGAAAAAUCUGCAAUCGCCCCAUUGAUAUACAGGCCACUACAGCAGAUGGAGUUAACCUCACCACUGAGGCUGUCUACAAAAAAGGCCAGGAUUAUAGGUUUGUGUGCUACGACCAGGGCCGAGCCUGCCAGAGCUACCGUGUGCGGUUCCUCUGUGGGAAACCUGUGAGGCCCAAACUCACCGUCACCAUCGACACCAAUGUGAACAGCACCAUCCUGAAUCUGGAAGACAAUGUACAAUCAUGGAAGCCUGGAGACACCCUGGUUAUUGCAAGUACUGAUUACUCCAUGUACCAAGCAGAAGAGUUCCAGGUGCUUCCCUGCAAAGCCUGUGCCUCCAACCAGGUCAAAGUAGCAGGGAAACCAAUGUACCUGCACAUCGGGGAGGAGAUAGAUGGUGUGGACAUGCGGGCCGAGGUUGGGCUCCUGAGCCGGAACAUUGUGGUGAUGGGGGAGAUGGAGGAUGAGUGCUACCCGUACAGCACCCACAUCUGCAGCUUCUUUGACUUCGACACCUUUGGGGGCCACAUCAAGUUUGCACUGGGGUUUAAGGCUGCACACCUGGAGGGCGUGGAGCUGAAGCACAUGGGCCAGCAGCUGGUGGGUCAGUACCCAAUUCACUUCCACCUGGCGGGUGACGUGGAUGAGAAGGGAGGCUACAACCCACCCACGUAUGUCAGGGACCUCUCCAUCCACCACACGUUCUCUCGCUGCGUCACUGUCCACGGCUCCAAUGGCUUGUUGGUCAAGGACGUUGUGGGCUAUAACUCUUUGGGACACUGCUUCUUCACGGAAGACGGGCCAGAGGAACGCAACACCUUUGACCACUGCCUUGGCCUCCUUGUCAAGUCUGGAACCCUCCUUCCCUCUGACCGUGACAGCAAGAUGUGCAAGAUGAUCACAGAAGACUCCUACCCGGGGUACAUCCCCAAGCCCAGGCAGGACUGCAAUGCUGUGUCCACCUUCUGGAUGGCCAAUCCCAACAACAACCUCGUGAACUGUGCUGCUGCGGGGUCUGAGGAAACUGGGUUUUGGUUCAUCUUUCACCACGUACCGACGGGCCCCUCGGCCGGAAUGUACUCCCCAGGGUACUCGGAGCACAUCCCGCUGGGAAAAUUCCACAACAACCGCGCGCACUCCAACUACCGGGCUGGCAUGAUCAUAGACAACGGAGUCAAAACUACUGAGGCCUCUGCCAAGGACAAGCGGCCCUUCCUCUCUAUCAUCUCCGCCAGGUACAGCCCUCAUCAGGAUGCUGACCCGCUGAAGCCCCGGGAGCCGGCCAUCAUCAAGCACUUCACCGCCUACAAGAACCAGGACCACGGGGCCUGGCUGCGCGGCGGGGACGUGUGGCUGGACAGCUGCAGGUUUGCUGACAAUGGCAUCGGCCUGACCCUGGCCAGCGGUGGCACCUUCCCGUAUGAUGAUGGCUCCAAGCAGGAGAUCAAGAACAGCUUGUUUGUUGGCGAGAGCGGCAACGUGGGGACGGAGAUGAUGGACAACAGGAUCUGGGGCCCGGGUGGCUUGGACCAUAGUGGAAGGACCCUCCCUAUAGGCCAGAAUUUUCCGAUCCGAGGAAUUCAGUUCUACGAUGGCCCCAUCAACAUCCAGAACUGCACUUUCCGCAAGUUCGCAGCCCUGGAGGGCCGGCACACCAGCGCCCUGGCCUUCCGUCUGAACAACGCCUGGCAGAGCUGCCCGCAUAACAACGUGACCAACAUUGCCUUUGAGGAUGUCCCGAUUACUUCCAGAGUGUUCUUCGGAGAGCCUGGGCCCUGGUUCAACCAGCUGGACAUGGAUGGGGAUAAGACAUCGGUAUUCCAUGAUGUCGAUGGCUCGGUGUCCGAGUACCCGGGGUCCUACCUCACCAAGGACGAUAACUGGCUGGUCCGGCACCCAGACUGCAUCAACGUUCCCGACUGGAGAGGCGCCAUCUGCAGCGGGCGCUACGCACAGAUGUAUAUUCAGGCCUACAAGACCAGUAAUCUGCGAAUGAAGAUCAUCAAGAAUGACUUCCCUAGCCACCCUCUCUACCUGGAGGGCGCCCUGGCCAGGAGCACCCACUACCAGCAGUACCAGCCAGUCAUCACCCUGCAGAAGGGCUACACCAUCCACUGGGACCAGACGGCCCCCGCCGAGCUCAUCAUCUGGCUCAUAAACUUCAACAAGGGCGACUGGAUCCGAGUGGGGUUCUGCUACCCGCGAGGCACCACCUUUUCCAUCCUCUCCGAUGUUCACAAUCGCCUGCUGAAGCAAACGUCCAAGACGGGCAUCUUCGUGAGGACCUCGCAGAUGGAUAAAACGGAGCAGAGCUAUCCCGGCAGGAGCCACUACUACUGGGAUGAGGACUCAGGGCUGCUGUUCCUGAAGCUGAAAGCUCAGAAUGAGAGAGAGAAGUUUGCCUUCUGCUCUGUGAAAGGCUGUGAGAGAAUAAAGAUUAAAGCUCUCAUCCCAAAGAACGUGGGCAUCAGCGACUGCACGGCCACGGCCUACCCCAAGUUCACGGAGAGGGCCGUCGUGGACGUGCCGAUGCCCAGGAAGCUCCUCGGCGCUCAGCUGAAGACAAAGGACCGCUUCUUGGAGGUGAAGAUGGAAAGUUCCAAGCAGCGUUUCUUCCACCUGCUGAACGACUUCGCUUACAUUGAAGUGGACGGGAAGAGGUACCCCAGUGCGGAAGAUGGCAUCCAGGUGGUGGUGAUUGACGGGAGGCAAGGGCACGUGGUGAGCCACGCAAGCUUCAGGAAUGCCAUCCUGCAGGGCAUCCCGUGGCAGCUCUUCAAUUACGUGGCGGCCAUCCCCGACAAUUCCAUAGUCCUCAUGGCAUCAAAGGGAAGAUAUGUCUCCAGAGGCCCGUGGACCAGAGUGCUGGAAAAGCUCGGAGCAGACAAGGGGCUCAAGUUGCAAGAGAAAAUGGCAUUCAUCGGCUUCAAAGGCAGCUUCCGGCCCAUCUGGGUGACUCUGGACACCGAGGACCACAAUGCCAAAAUCUUCCAAGUUGUGCCCAUCCCCGUGGUGAGGAAGAAGAAGCUGUGAGGACCGCCGUCCCCCGGAGCCACCCCACAGUGGGCUCUGAUGGGGGACUCUUGGCAGCAGACCAGGCCAGCACGGCUGGUUCCCCCAGCCCCUGUCCAGCAGCUGCCUGGGAAGGCCAUGCGUCAGCCCUGGUGGCCCAAGGGAAGGACAUCAGAGACCCCUGGUGCUGCCAACUGCCCCCUCAAGUAUCUAACUGCAGCCCCAGGACAGUGUCGGCUGAUGCUGGAACCUUCUCUUUCCCGCAGCCUCUUGGGUGCUUUUCUCUGACCUGUGCCUCUUCGGGGGAGGAGGGGGCGUGGGGACCACAUGAGGAGCCCUGGGCUGUGCCAGCAGCAAAGGUCCCCCUCAGCCGGAGCCGUGCUCCAGCUCAGAGGCAGCCUGGGGGGCUGGGCCGUCCACAGACCCCCGUGCUCCCCAGCACGCACGUUAGAGUGGUAGAUGUAGGGAAGAGUCCUGGUCAAGGGAGAUCUUCAUUCCUCCGUGGGCGGCGCUGGCGUGUAGCCAGAACUCGCCAGGGUAGAACCAGCCACCCUUGGGGAAGGGUGAGCCUGCCUCCGGAGGGGUUCAACCUUUCAGGAGACUUUGGGACCCAGGUUGGGAGUUGGACUAGGUGGCUUUUAAAGGCCUUUUCAGUUCUGAGAUGCCAGAAGUCUCUGGCUUUUCACAGCGUGCCUAGAACCCAGCAGGAGGUGAGAACAUUCUUUUUAGCCCACAUCCAUGAUGCUGGAUGCCCCGGCAUACAGGAUGGAAGGGCACGAAGUCAUGACUAGGGCAAGGGGCUCACAGUCUGGCGGGACAGGCGGUUAGGAGUUUGUGCCCUCUGCUGCCAGGUGGAGAAAGCCAAGACAGGUAAACUGGAAUCCAGUGUCAGUUCCCAGGAGGGAAAGACCUUACACGCUCGGGUGGGUCUGAAAGCUUCCUGCAGGGGGAGACCAUGGGGCUUUGCAGGAAUGAAGGGCAGGGGCAUUUGGACGGGCAGGGAUGAGUCAGCCUCUGGCAGGGCUCAGGGGUUGAGCCCUUCCUGCCCGCAUCUGCCGCAGCAGGGUAACUGCAAGGUCACUCUUUGCCCUCAACCUGCUGGCCCACCCAUCGUGGAGAGGCCGGCCUCAGAAGGGAGGGGCGGAGAGUGCUGAGCCCCACCCCCGACUCCAGGAGAGGGAAGAGUCAGGUUGAGAAAGGUGAGCCCCGUCUGCUCUACCCCCAGGGCCCUGGGAGCCCUGAGGCCACGCUCACAGCUCUGUGAGCCUGGGGCUUCAGGGCUGGAAAGGACCUUAGGAAAUACCUAGUCCAAAGCCUUCACUUUAUAGAUGGGACGCAUGAGACUCCAAGAUGGGGAAGAACCACACGGCCAGGGCAGGGCCGGGCCAGGAGCCCCCCUCCCAGCACUUGCUGCCACACCACAUUGCCUCAACAGCCGGCCCCGGGCACUCCUGAAGGAGCUCCCCGGCAUGGGGACAAGUCCCCUUGAAGGGGGAAAAAGAAAAGAUCAGAAUAGAAAGAGAAUUGGCGAAUGACUGUUUCUCUCUUGGCCCUCGGCGCGCACAAGGGCGCCCUCCUCUGGGCUGCAGUGGUCCUGCAGCCGCCCCGCAGGGCGCCCAGCAGCUGCAGUGACCUCACUGGUGCUACCUGUUUCCGCGGUUCUGCAGAAACGCCCGGCAGGCAGCGUCAGGGCGCCCUAGCACGUUGGGGCGAGCCAGCUAGGCGGCUCUCCAGGCUCGGAAGAGCUUUUGGUCCAUCCCAGCCUCCCAGCUACUGUCUAAUAAUCUGCUCUCUCUUGCCCACCUUGGAGAGAGCCGAGAGAGCUUCCGGAAGCUCUGUCUGUGGUUUAUACUCUCUCGUGAGGUACCAGGCUCGCUCUGGGUCUCAUGAUGACUACAGGUGUCCCCUUUCCUCCCUUGGCCCCGUCUGCCCGGCUGCACCCAUGAGAUUCAGCCCACGGGUCUGCUCCCCAGGUUGAGCCAACUGCCAGAGAGGUUCCUCCCACUACUCGUCUUUCAGCUGCUAGGAGGGGACUGUGGGACUCCGCCUCUUGAAACGUGGCAGCUUCAAAGGCCCAAGUCCCCGGAAAGGCCUCUUCCAGGCAGAUCCAAGGCCAGGGGGAGCAGAGUUCAGAUGACCUCAUGAUCUUCUUAUUUAUAGUUCUGUUGAGUUUUUUCUAAACUCCUAAUGCAAGGGUCUCACACUGUGAACCACUUAGGAUGCGAUCACUUCAGAUGGCCAGGAAUGUUGACUGUCUUUGGUUCAGUUUGUUGAAAAAAAAUACGUAUCUAUUUGAAAAUCCUCAGAGUUGUACAUAUGUCUAACAGUGCAGGAUCCGUGCACAAACUUUCCUUCCUGAAGCAUUCACCAAGAGCCAAUAUCCAGGCGUGCUCUUGGUAGCACAAAUUUUCUUAUUGCUUAGAAGACUGUUCUUGUUCUUUGUUUGAAAGCAUCGAAAUGUGAUAGGCCUUUAAAAAAAAAAAAAACACUCCUCUGAAAUGCUUGUCUUUUUUUCCCUGUUGCCGAAAUAGCUGGUCCUUUUUCGGGAAUUAGAUGUAUAGUGUGUUUUGUAUGUAAACAUUUCUUGUAGGCGUCACCGUGAACAAAGAUAUAUUUUCUAUUUAUUUAUUCUAUAUGCACUUCGAGACGUCAUUGUCAGAGAAAUGAAGAAGUGUCUUAAAUGUCAUGUUUAGGGAUGUCCUUUGGACCGCUUGAAAGGGGUGUACCCAGAGCCUUCUGCUUGCAGCAGAGGACACUGGCUCUGGUCUGGAGAUCUUGCUGUACCAUAGUAAACAUACGAAGGAUGCCA